GUGAAGUACUCAGACAUCCAUAUACACUUGCACCUUCAUUGUGCUCCCAUCUUUUUCGAUAUUACAUUCCAUUAACAAACCCCAAAUAGUUGUGCUGCUUCUCGAUUAUUCAAUCGCCUUUACGUUGAUUUGAAUAUUAAGAUGCACUUUUAUGCUUUGAUUGCGGUGCUAAUUUCGUUACAACAUUUCACCCCUUCUCUAUCCCUUGGAUUCGAUAAUAAAGUUUCUUCAGGAGUAGCACUUGGCCACGGUGAUGCUUCUGGUGUGGCGGUGAGGUGCAUAGAGAGGGAAAGGGAAGCACUCCUUGCUUUCAAACAAGGCCUCGUGGAUCAAUACAACCAACUCACUUCUUGGGGAUCUCCUGAUUGUUGCACAUGGGAAGGAGUUUUCUGCAGCAACCAAACCAAAGGUGAUCAUGUUAUCAAACUUGAUCUUCUACUAUAUGAUUUGCAAGGUAAGACGAUAAGCCCUAAACUGAUUGAGUUGCAGCAUUUGAAAUAUUUGAGCCUCUAUGGAAUUGACUUCAAUGGGAGCCAAAUUCCAGAUUUCAUUGGUUCCCUAUCCAAUUUAAGAUACCUCGAUCUCUCUGACGCUUCUUUUGGUGGUCGAAUUCCAAGUCAGCUUGGAAACCUUUCACACUUGCUACAACUCAAUCUUGCCUACAACCACUUUGCUACUAAUGUUGUGCAAAAUCUCAAUUCUUGGCUCCCUCGUCUUUCUUCAUUAACCCAUUUGGAUUUGAGUUACAACAAUCUCAAUAACACUUAUGACUGGCUCGAAGCAAUUAAUAAGCUCCCUAAGCUAAGGGACUUUUCAUUAAGGGAUUGUUCUCUUCAUUCUCCUCCAAUGCCUUCCACUCUCUUUACCAUAAAUUCUUCUAAAUAUCUUGCUCAUGCUGAUUUCAGUUUGAACCGUCUCACAUCUUCUUCGAUAUUCGUAUGGUUGUCAACCUAUAGUACAAGCCUUGUUUAUCUUGACCUCAUUGGCAACAAUUUAACUGGUCCAAUUCCUGGUGUUGUUGGAAACAUGACCUCGCUUUCCUAUCUUGAUCUCUCUUUUAACCAAAUUGAAGGAUGGAAUCAGCAUUCUUUUGCUAGGUUAUGCAGUUUGCAAUCGUUGAUCCUCAGGAACAACAGACUGAGUGGACAAUUUUCCCAGUUGGUUCAAAUAUUAAUGUCUGCAUGCGCUCAAAACUCAUUAAAGUUUCUGGACCUCUCUUACAAUCACCUUGUCGGGCCAUUUCGUAAUCUUAUAAAGUUUUUGUCGUUGAAAGAUUUAGAUCUCUCUGGCAAUCAAAUAAGUGGAAUAAUUCCUGAAACUAUUGGGAAAAUGUCUAAGCUCGAGAGUAUCGACCUUAGUAUGAAUCAUUUGGAAGGGGUGAUUUCCGAAAGCCAUUUCUCACGACUUGCCAGAUUGAAAUAUUUGGAUUUGUCCUUUAACUCUCUAGUUUUAAACUUCCAUUCGGAUUGGAUUCCUCCUUUCCAAUUGGAUUAUAUAAUACUAGGUUCUUGCAAGGUAGGUCCAAAUUUUCCACAAUGGCUUCAAACUCAGAACUUUUAUUCUAGACUUGAUAUUUCAAAUGCUGGAAUUUUCGAUAUCCUUCCAAGUUGGUUUUGGCGAGGAAUGUCUCCUAAUUUGGCCUUCAUGAAUCUCUCACACAAUCAAAUUGGAGGAACAAUACUUGCAAAUUUGACAUUGGAGUUUGCAUAUUCCCCUCAAUUACAUUUGAGUUCCAACAAAUUGGAAGGUCCAAUCCCCUCAUUUCUAUCACAAGCGUCAUUCCUCGAUCUCUCAAAUAAUAAUUUUUCCGGGCCGAUUACUUGGUUGCGUGCACCGACCGCAACAAGUUUAACCUUUCUUAAUCUCUCAAGUAACAAUCUCUAUGGACAACUUCCAGAUUUCUUGACAUAUUUGGACAAUCUGGUCAUGCUCGAUUUGAGUUACAAUGCGCUUUCUGGGAAAAUUCCUGCCACAAUAGGCUCCUUAUUUCGGAUGGAAACGCUGAAGUUAAGAAGCAACAGGUUUUUGGGAGAAUUGCCUUCAUCCUUGAAGAACUGCACAGGUUUAAGAGUUAUUGAUCUUGGAAAUAAUACAUUAUCAGGACCUAUACCAAAAUGGUUAGGAGUUAGUUUUCAGGAUUUGAUUAUCCUAAUGCUUUCAUCUAAUCAUUUCAAUGGAAGCAUGCCAUCACAGUUAUGUCGUCUAUCACGCAUUCAGAUUUUGGAUUUCUCUAUGAACAACAUCUCGGGAGGUAUACCCAAGUGCCUCAAUAAUUUGACUACUCUAGCUCAGAAAGGAAAUCCAAAUAUGAAGAUCACACAUUAUUACGAGGCGCCCGAGAUUUCAGAUGAGUAUGAGGAUGAUGCGGCCUUCAUAUGGAAGGGAAGCAUGCAAGUAUACAGAAACACUUUGGGGCUUAUGAAGAGAAUUGAUUUCUCAAGCAACAGAUUAAUCGGGGAGAUACCAAAAGAAAUCAGUCAUUUAGUUGGAUUGGUUUCUUUAAACCUAUCGAGAAAACGAUUAACAGGUCACAUAACUCCAGACAUUGGAAAGUUGCAGUCAUUGGAUGCCCUUGAUUUGUCAAGAAACCAGUUAGAUGGAAGAAUUCCGACAAGCCUUUCUCGAAUAGAUCGCCUUGGUGUCUUGGACUUGUCAUACAACAACUUGUUUGGCGAAAUUCCCAUUGGAACUCAGCUCCAAAGCUUUGAUCCCUCUACUUAUGCUGGAAACCCUCAGUUGUGUGGACCUCCACUUCAAAAGCCGUGUAUUCCAGAAAAAACAGAUCAUCCAGAUCAGAACAUUGGGAUGAGAAAAGAAGAAGAGAAGGAUGAGCUUAUAAGCAAGGGAUUUUACAUAUGUGCGGGGCUUGGAUUUUUUGCUGGAUUUUGGGGAGUUUGUGGCAGUUUGAUAUUCAUCAGGUCAUGGAGAUACGCGUACAUCAACUUCUUAAAUGUUUUAGAUGACUGGUUUUAUGUGAGGAUUGCCUUGAUCAGGCAACGGUGGAUGCUCAAACCAUCUCAAACGACAAGCGCGCGGUAAUUUUACUACGAGGUAGCUCCUGAUAUCUUCUGAUCGAGGAAAUUACCAACUGCUUCCCGUCAUCAGUCAAAGUUGCCAUGCAUGCAUCAUUUGUGCGCUAAUAUUCUGUAGGGGUGCCUUUUGGAGUAUGGAGCUAGGCCUUUAUUAUUGUUUGUAUUGUAUUUGUAUUUGUAUUUGUAUUUGUAUUUGUAUUUGUAUUGUGUUGUAUUGUAUUGUUUGUAUUAAAAAAAAAUGAGAGAGACUAUUGUACUAAGAAAAAAAGGAAAGAUUAUUGAAGUUUGAUUUGUACUAGCCGCCUUUUUAGUGCCUCCUUUAUGUCUUCUUUAAUUACUCAUCAUAUGUUCACUCACUUAACUAAAUAACUAACAUUAACCGUUUUAGUGUCUCCUUUAUGUACAUCUUCUCUAACUACCUGACAUGUGUUUACCCACUUAACUAAAUAACUAACAUUCUAUAUAUACUAAAAGCCGGUGAAAAAGAACUGUUCAUUAACAGUUCCCUACCGGUUUCGUCCCUCAUUUUCUUCAUGGUUCUUCGGUUUUGGUGGGAUUGUGCAGUAAAUUAUCCAUUUUGCCCUUCAUGAUACGUGCUGCGCGUGCGUGGAUAUCAGCUUAUCUAGGAAAGAUGCUGAAGCAUCUUUCAUUUCUCUCUUUCCUCUUCUUUUCUUCUCUCUGCUUUUCCGUCUCUCUUUUCAUUUCUCUCUUUCCUCUUCUUUUCUUCUCUCUGCUUUUCUUCUGUCUGCUUUUCCGUCUCUCUUUUCAUUUCUCUCUUUCCUCUUCUUUUCUUCUCUCUGCUUUUCCGUCCCUCUUUGUGUUUGUCUGUGUUUCUGUGUGUCUCGCUGUUUUCAUCGCGAUCCGAUCGUUUAGAAGGGUGGUUGGACUGUUUUUUUUCCGCUGUUUUCCGCGGAGGAAUCGCAACGGUUUGGCUGCUUUGGUAGGUAAGAAAAAUUUUCAAUUGGUUGUUGUAAAAUUCGAUUCUUGCUAAGUGUUCUCUUUAUUUUUUUUGCUGAUUUGCAUGUGGAUCUUUUGUCUGAUUUCGUUUUUGGCUGCCGCAAACCUAUAUCUUCCAAUUUUAGGGGUUUGUUGUGGGAGUUUGCAAACGCUUUCUGGAUCAGGAAUAUAACUUAUCUUUAAGCGUUUGUUUUUAAUAAUUUUUGCGUUUUAACUAAAAUUGAAAGAUUGUCGAGGAAUGGAUAUGGCUACGGUUAUAUUAUUUAUCUUUAACCUUUUUAUAAUAUUUUUUGUGUUUUAAUUAAAAUUUAAAAAUUGUUGAGGAAGGGAUAUGGCUGCUGUUUAAGGUUUAGACUAAUUAAUUUUAUUGUUGUUCAGGUUUUUUUUUUGGCAAAUUUUUGGGUUUGGUUGUUCUGAUUAUCUGUGGUUUGAUUUUUGUCCGGAAUUUAAAAGAAGAAAAAUGGCCAUGAUUAACUUUGGGUUUUCUUUGUCUGUUCUGCAUUUUAAAGUUUGAAUUAUGGAUUUUUUUUGUAUGUCAAUCCUUAAAUGAUCUCUGUAUGGAUUUUUUUGGUGUUUCGGCAUAUGCCCUUAUUGGAAUUUUGUGAUUUGAGAAUUGUAGAAGUUAGUAACAAUUCAAAACCCGUUAAAUGGGAUGAGAAUUAGAGUGAUUUGAAAUCGGCGAGCAAGGAAUUGCAGGUGGUAGUGAUACUGAUAAUGGUGGUGUUUUGGUUUUUCAUUCCUUCUCAUCACUUCUACAAGAGGUUAGGUAGCAGAGGAUGGAGGUGAGGAAUCCAAUUUGGAAAGAUGUGCUGAGAGGUUUACAAAACACCUUUGAAGCUGUGGGUGAGGAUUGUUCUGUUUAAAAGGUGUUUGGGAUUGAAAAGUUGGGAGAGGCCACAGAUGGUUUCAGAGAGAGUAGCUUGAUUAAAGGGUCUGUGUAUAAAGGUUUCAUUAAUGGAGAUUUCUAUGCCAUCAAGAAGAUGAAGUGGAACGCGUGUGAGGAGCUCAAGAUCUUAUAAAAGAUUAAAUAGAAGACGAAGGUCCAACUCCACUUGACCAAUUGGUGGCAUAUAAAAAGGUUGUCAAAAUUAAAGUGCAUUUGGGUAGAAUAUGGAAACCAAAGUAUCCAGGCAUGGACGAUAAACAUACAAGCUUACAUUGUACAUUGGUUGGUGAAAAGGUAAUUGAUUAUUUUUUAGUAAAAUUAGUUUACAAACAUUUGAUCUUCUGUGUUAAGGAUGAGUUAUUUGUUUUAUUGCAUAUGACAAGGCAUUUGACAAUGUUUUUUCUGUGAGUUACAGCUCUGUAAAAAUUUUGCUCCAUUUUCUUCUUAAUGUUUAUCUUAGUCUUUGGUUA